CAGAAGGCAGAACAGAACAGAUUGGAGUUGGAGAAAGGAAGCGACGCCACCUCGUCUUCCUCGCCUAAAACCCUCGCCUCCCUCCUCUCCUCUCCUUCGCGCGGCGACGCCUCGGUGACCAAGCGGUCCGUCCCAAGGUGCCUCCCCCAAUUUUCCCCAUCCAUCUCUUCCGCUUCUCGCCCCACGAAUUCCUCACAGAUCGUUGUUGUCUAGUUAGGGAUUUUGGCCAAAUCUGAUACGCGCAGCCCCGAUUUACCCCCAGGCGGCGUCGGUUGCGCGCGGAGUCUCGCUCACGAGGUGAUGGUGGACGCGUGGUGGCCGUUGCUGGGCGCGGCGAUUCCAGCGCUCGUCGCCGGCCAGUUCAUCCGCAUCAAGCGGCGGCGCGACGAGGAGCAGCGCCUCAAGGCGGCGCGCGGCCGCGAGAAGAGCUCCGACGAGGUCUUCGUCUGCGAGCGCGUGUGCACCUCCAAGCGGAUGCUCAAGAAGGUGGGGGCGUUCUCCAAGGACCCCAUCCCGGAGACUUGCGUCACCGUCUGCGGCGUCUCCGAGCUCGACGCCUGCGCCGACGCCUGCGCGCGCACCGUUUGCGUCAACCAGCACCAGGUGCCCAACUGGAACGACGUCUGCCUCAAGAGGUGCCAGAGCGAGUGCCUCAAGCUCUCCUCAACCCUCAUGUAGUGGCCACCUCGCUAUUGUGCUGCCCUCGUUAGGUACCAUUCGUCAGGCUCUUCUCUAUCCUUAAAUCGCAGAGCAUUGUUUCCUGCUUCAAUCCAUACCAUGGUUUAGGAACUUCAGACGGCGAUAACUGUCAUUUAUAUAUCUCAUGGAAUGGAAUGAGUGAAUUUCUGAUCUUGGUUGUUA